AUGGAGCAAAAGAAAAACAUCGUCCUCGAAUCAUUUUCUGUGCAGACUGGCGAAACUCCAUCAGGAUACCCUGCGAAUCUACCGGGAGAACGAGCAGAUGCAUCGGAACGAUGAAGAGAAACGAUCUCGACAGAGAGCCAGGAAGUAAAAGCCGAGGAGGAACGGUGCACAAAAUGCCGUGGCGAGUCGGCCGAGGCGGACGAGAACGCGGCCACGUUCCCUCAUAUUCAGGAUCUCUGUCCUGCGGACAGGAGAAGGAUCGCUCAGCUGGUUAAGCAGUUGAUUAAAUGCACGAAGGAGGUGCACGACGCCAAAUCGGAGCUGGUUGUCAGCGAGUCCGAAAAAGAGGCGAUGAGAACACAGUACCAGAUAUCGUUGGAUCGUGGAGAAGCGGACAAGAAACAGCUGGAAUUUCAAUUGAACGAAGCUCGGACAGAGUCCACGGAGCUGAGGACUCGAAUUUCACGAAUGCUCGAACUGCUAACACGACAGAUCACCGUGCAGGAAAAACAAUUUCUCGAGCUCACCGAGACGGUGCGGGAUCUCCUGCGAGAAAAGUCGCGACUCCAGGAGACUCUGCAGCAGAGGGAAACGGAAUCCGACGUUCUAAGGGAUAAAUGUCAAAGAACAAAAGAGCUGCUUGAAGCAGAGAGACGGAAACGGGGAAGGGAACUCGAGGCGAAGAUUCACCGGGCUUGUCAAACUGAGGAGAUCGAGAUAAUAAGCUCAGAUAAAAAAAGUCUCAGAGAGGAAAUCAGUAAGGAUUCCAUGUCCAGACAUACACAGAAUGUAAAAAUCAAGAGUAAACAUGAUUUGGAAGAAACAUCCACCGAUGGGACGUUGUUGAGAGAACUCUUUUUUAGAAAACCGAACGUCGAGGAAAGCGGAACUUUGGAUAUCAUUCCAUUUCUGUCGGAACCAAGCCCACAAUUGAAACGUUCUAAUUCUCUUCUUCUUAUUUAA